AUGAAUGAUGAUUGGCUAUUGAAAUUUCAUAUUGAGAAUAAUGAUGCCUUUCCAAAGUUUACUUUUGCUGAACUUGCGAAACGAAAGAUUACUAGUCAACAAUUAUACCUUUGGUCAGCACCAAUAGAUGUUGCUGAACGUUAUGAAUUUUAUUUGAAUCAAUUAUCAACAUUAAAUGAUAUGUUUCUGGAAACUCAAGUAUUUUAUAAUUGUACAUUACCAAGAUUUGGUUCUAUGUGUCAAUAUGAAAUUACUUAUCAUCAUUGGAAUUAUUCAUCUUUAAAUGAAAUCAUUCAUGACUAUUAUCGUACAUAUGAAUAUAAUCCUACUAAUUUCACCUGUUAUACUCAUUUAAAAUGUAAUCGUGGUCCUUUUCCAGCAUGUUUAGAUUGGAGUGAAAUUUGCAAUGGACAAGUGGAUUGUCUUGAUGGCGAAUUUGAUGAAGAACAUUGUUGGCAACUUGAAAUAAAUGAAUGUAAUGAUAAUGAAUAUCGAUGUACUAAUGGGCAAUGUAUACCUGAGUCAUUUUUUCGAGAUGAUAUUAAUACUCCUGAUUGUCUUGAUGGCUCUGAUGAAAUCCAAACGCGCUUUCAGCAACUUAAUAAAUGUAAUACGGAUAUACCAUCAUUUGGCUGUGAAGAAAAGAUAUGUCGGUUUAGAUUAACGACAAGUUCUUGUGUGUACCAACGCGAGCCCUUACUUUUGAAAGCUAUCUAUUCUGCUAAAGAGGAUUCGGUAUCUGAACAAUGUUGGUCAGCUUUCAAAUGCCUUUUAGAAGUACCAGGUUCAGAAAAACCAUUAUGUACUGGUAUUUGUGAAAAGCUAGCAUGUGCAAAGAUCAUUAACAAUACAUGUCCAGAUAUGUUUUACAUUCCAAAUAUUCCUUUAUUUUUUGGUAAUAUUUACCUCGCACACAUGAAAGGUGACUCAUUGGAUCUGACUAAUAUGGUUCCUACAACACCUUACAUAUGCUAUAGCAAUUCUUAUUAUGAUGAGUAUUCAAUUGAUCGUCCCAAGCUUUUAUUCAAAAAUAAAACAUGUUUCCGUCCUGAUAAUCUACUCGCUCUAAUGAUUAUGUCCACAACAUGGGAGGAUAGAUAUUACCCACCUUUAUACGACCUGUUCAAAAUCUUGAAGAGAUUUAAUCUAAUUACUAAUUAUACUUCUAUGAUUUGUAAUGGAUUAAACAUGUAUAAAUGUUUUAAUUCAUCAAAAUGUAUCUCAGUAAGUCGUCUUAUGAACAAUGAAGGCGAUUGUCCUUACAGAGAUGACGAAAAUAUGACGCACAUCAAUAACACUAAUUUAACAAAUCUAUUAAAAUACCAUUUCAAAUGUCAAAUAGCUAACAAGUACAUACAUCAAUCACUUGUUAAAAAUAUAGAUUGCGACUGUAGCAUUGAAGAUGAAGGUUGGUGUGAAGAUGAAAAUUUUCUUAUACAGUAUGCUAGAAAGAAUAUUUCAUUUCAAACAAUUUGUGAUGGAUUUACUGAACUAAUUCCGAUAAUUAUCGAAGAACAAAAUGAAACAGAUGAAACAGAAUGUGAACAAUGGUCAUGUAAUAAUAUUUAUACUCAUUGUGAUGGUUUAUGGAAUUGCCCACAUGGUGAAGAUGAAGUUGGUUGUGAUUUAUCUUCAACAUUAAAUUGUUCUUCAGAUCAUCACAAAUGUGUUUCACUUCAUACGAAUGAACUCAUUUGUCUUCCUGUUAAGCAAGGAAAUGACGGCAAGAUUGAUUGUCUUGGUGCUACUGAUGAACCAAAAUUAUGUCAACGAAAAAAUCAGAUAUCAUUUUAUGAUAACUUUUAUUGCAUAAAUUCAAGUAGCGUAUCAUGUAUUGACUCUUCACGUCUAUGCAAUCAAGGUGCAAGUUGUGAGCAUGAAGAUGAUGAGAAAUUUUGUAUAAAAAAUCGAACAGAUAUUUCUAUACACGGCAGUAUUUGUCUUUCAUCUUACUCAUCGAUUCGUUCUGAUGUUGAACAGUUCUUAUGUCACGAAACAAAACUGAAGAUAAAACAACAUGUUAAAUAUUUUUCAUUGAAAGGAAUGAGUAAAUCCGUCCAAGAUCAAACUCAGAAUUCAAUAAAAUCCAAAUUUUUAAGUUCAUCUCACAUCGAAAAGUCUCAUCAACAUGAGCUUCGAUGUCAUCGUGGUUUUGACUUACGAAUCUGGCUAAAUAAUGAAAAGAACUUAACAACGAAUGCAUGUCUUUGUCCACCUAGUUUUUAUGGUGACAUGUGUCAAUAUCAAAAUCAACGAGUUAGUUUAACCAUUAAAUUUCGAGUAUUAUCAGAUUCUUGGUCAACAUUAUUUGCAAUAAUUAUUUCACUUAUCGAUGAUAGUGAAGAAAGAAUUAUUCAUUCAUAUGAACAAUUUACUUAUUUGUCAAUAAGAGAUUGUAAAAUUAAAUUUAAUAUUUAUUUACACUACUCAACUCGACCAAAAAAUGAAACUAAAAAUUAUGCUAUACAAAUUGAUAUUUAUGAAAAAAUUUCAUUAACCUAUCGAGGAAGUUUAUUGUAUCCAAUAAUAUUUCCAUUUUUACCUGUUCAUCGUUUAGCAUAUAUAGCUGAUAUUCCACGAAAUAAUGAAGAUAUUCAAACUUGUUUUAAUUCUCAAUGUAUUCAUGGAAGAUGUAUGAUAUAUACGAAUAAUCCACAAAUUAAUAGUUUUUGUCAAUGUAAUCGAGGAUGGUCUGGACGACAUUGUACUAUCCCAUAUAAUUCCAUGUGUUCAUCUGAUUCAAUAUCAAUGGGUGUGUCUGCUUACAAUCGAUCUAUAUGUCUUUGCCCUAUUAAUAAAUUCGGUAAUCGAUGUCUUCUUAACGAUACAAUUUGUCAAAUGGAUAAAAAUUUAUCAUGUCAAAAUGGUGGUCAAUGUAUUCCUACUGAUGAAUAUAUGAUAUCGACUAGAAAAUUUAUGUGUAUUUGUUCAAAAGGUUAUAUUGGUGAUCGAUGCGAAAUAGAUGAUACCAAAAUAAUUUUAUCAUUUCAAAAAAGUAUUGUUUUAUCUCAAUCAAUAUUUAUUCAUUUUAUUCAAGUUAUUAAUAAUAGUAUACCGAUGAGAACAACAACUUUUCGAAAAAUUCCUCUUACACAAAAUUCAUUUACAAUUUAUUGGUCACGCCCAUAUAAUAUUAUUUUCAUUGAACUUCUAAAUAAAAUUUAUUAUUUAGCUGUUAUUCAAAACAAAUAUGAGCGAUCAGCAACAAGUACUAAAAUGAUAAAUCCAUCAGAUCGUUGUCAACAUAUAAAUGAAUCAUUUAAUGAAACUUUUGCUCAGAUGAAUGUUCUUCGUCGUAUCAAAUAUUAUCAUUUACCAUGUCAAAACUAUUCAUUAAAUCUUUCUUGUUUUUAUGAUGAUCGUCAUAUUUGUUUAUGCUAUGAUUAUGAACAACAACGUUUAGCCAAUUGUUUUGACUUUGAUCAUAAUAUGAAAUUCAAUUGUCUAGGUCAGAGUGUCUGCGAAAAUGAAGGUCAAUGUUUUCAAGAUACUCCAGAUUGUCCACAAAGAUCAAUAUGUAUUUGUCCAUCGUGUUUUUAUGGAACACGAUGUCAAUUUAGUUCAAGUGGAUUUGGUUUAUCACUUGAUGCUAUAUUAGGCUAUCAUAUUCAACCACAUAUUAAUCUUAAACAUCAGCCAAAUAUUGUAAAAAUUAGUUUAGCAUUGACUAUAAUCUUUAUGGUAGUAGGAUUUAUCAAUGGAGUUUUAGCUUUAAUUACAUUUAACAAUAAAAUUAUAUGUAAAGUUGGAUGUGGUUUGUAUCUAUUAGGUUCAUCAAUUACAACUUUACUUACAACGAUUAUAUUUGGAUUAAAAUUUUGGAUACUUAUUGUUGCACAAAUGACAUUUGUAUCUAAUCGAUUAUUUUUACGAAUUCAAUGUAUGUCUCUUGAUUUUAUUUUACGAGUUUGUCUUAAUAUGGAUCAAUGGUUAAAUGCUUGUGUUGCUAUAGAACGAGCAGUAACAAUAAUAAAAGCAACUCAAUUUCAUAAGAAAACAAGUAAAAAAAUAGCAAAAAUAGUUAUUGUUAUUCUUGUGAUUUUUACUAUUGGUACUUCUAUUACUGAUCUUCUCUACCGACGUUUAAUUGAGGAAGACAAUGAAGAUUAUAAACGAAUAUGGUGUAUUGUUAGUUAUUCAUCUAGUUUAAAAACAUUCAAUUCUAUUAUGCAUACUGUUCAUUUCUUGACUCCAGUUAUCAUUAAUCUACUUGGAGUUAUUAUCCUUAUAACCAGAAAAUCUCGUCAACGAUCAAUUUUUCAAAUUAAUAGAAAUUUUAAAGAACUUUUAAAACAACAAUUUUUAGAACAUAAAAAUUUAUUGGCUGCUCCAAUUCUAUUAGUUAUUCUUGCAUUACCACGUUUAAUCUUUUCAUUUGUAUCGAGAUGUAUGGAAUCAACAAAUGAUGCAUGGUUAUUUCUUAUUGGAUAUUUUCUUCCAUUUAUUCCACCUAUGCUUACUUUUGUUGUAUUUAUAUUACCAUCAAAGUUUUACAAACAACAACUUCAUAAAUCUCUUGCUGCUUAUCGAACUAAUGUACAAAGACAAUUAAACUAUAUUAUAUAA